GUUCAAGACGGUCGCGGAGACGAGUUACCCUCCGUUGGAAGUCGCGCUCGCGGCGAGGACGAUCGACGAAUCGCUCGCGGCGGGAAGGCCGUCGUUCACCGCCGCGGAGAUUGACGCGACGCUCCGGUCGCUCGACCUUGCCGCGCUCGUCGUCGCGGAGGACGACCUAGCUCGACUCGCGCCGCCGGACCGUCUGCGUCUGCGUCUGUCCGGCUCCGUGAAGGUGAAAGGCUCCGUCGAAGGCGCCGGCGGCGCGACCGCGGCGUCGCUCCCGAAGGUCACGCCUGCGUCGAGGGACGCGGCGAACAAAGCCGCGGAUGCGUUCUCGCUGAGCGGCGUCGAUCACGCGCCGUCGUCCCCGUACGUGUGCUCCCCGGACGGGAAGGACGACCCGGUCUUCAAAGGGAAGGUGAACCUCGACGGGUUCAGAGUGAACCAGCUCCAGCUCGCGCCCAGGUUAGCGGGGGAGGUGGACGCGAGCCUGUCCGCGGUGAACGUCAACGCGCGCGGUCGCGCGGACGAGCACCUCCGGUUUCGGUUCGAUAACCCCGCGGCGGCGCCGGCGGCAUCGAGCUCCGCGCCCGCGGCGACGGACGCGCAGGAGCCCCCCGCGUCCGCGAUGUCGAUGUCGAUUCGGCGCGGCUUGCUGCGCGCGGAGGUGAGCGGCUCGGACGGGCGCGGCGUGCUAGACGUCGCGGGGCUUCGUUUAGACGACCUCGAGCUCGCGUCGCUGCGCGGCCGCGUCGAACGCGCGAAGAUCAACGUCGAUCUCCGCGAGAAGCUCGGCGCCGCGACGCUCCGCGUGCAGCAGCCGAGGCUCAGCGGCGUGCAAGGCGAGGUCCUGGACGCGGACGCGUCUUGGAACGGUCGCGUCGUGCGCCUCGAGCGCGCGGCGUUGGAUCAGCGACGGUCGAAGUACACGCUCAAGGGCGAGCACUGCUUGGACGACGCGUCCGCCGCCGCGGCGAUGGAUUCAAACGCGGCGACGGAGGGCGAUCUCGAGAGCUUGGUCACGGAAGAACCCGCGACGCCGGUAGAGGAGAUGGACCCCGGCGCGUGGAGGCUCAUGCUCGCGGUCCCGCAGGCGGAUGUCGAGGAGAUGCUCCCCGCGGUGCGUCUCGCCGCGGUGUUACGCGAAGGCGCGACGCCGCUGGAGUACACGCGCGCGAAGGACCACUUCCUUCACGAGGUGCGCAAGUUGGCGAUAACCGCCUCCGAGGAGCUCGGGAGGCAGCUCGACCAGGCCGCGGCGAUUGGCGCGGACGCCGCGAACACGGACGCGCCCGUGCAACUCCCCGGGUUGCAAGAUUUGAAGGGCCGCUGGAGGGGCGUCGUCGAAGUGAAAGGCGGCGCCGGGGCGUCGAUCGUGUCCGACUCAGGGAGCCCGGCGUCGAACAUCACCGCGGUCGACUUUGACGUCGAAGGGAACGAGUGGCAGUGGGGACAAUACCAAGUGCAGUCCGUGCAAGCGCAAGGGAACGUCGACGCCGUGGAGGGUCUGCACUUGCGCCGGCUCGAGCUCAAAUCCGACGGCGCUGUCGUGAAACUGGACGGGAACCUGUUCGGGGAGACGCAAAACGCCGCGUUCGCGGUCAUCGACCUCCCCGCGCAGAGGCUCGCGCCGAUCAUUCAUCACAUAACCUCCGCGGCGAGCGCGUCCGCGGGUGCGCCGCCGCCUCCGCCGCCGCCGCUGCCGACCAUCACGGGAACGCUGUUCGUCUCCGGCGACAUCGGCGGGUCGCCUUCGUCGCCGACCGGCAGCGUGCGCGCGCACCUCAGCGAAGGGCGCAUCGGGAGCGUGAAGCUCGGCCACGCGAACGCGUCCGCGGAGGUGACGCCCUCGCGCACCGCGCGGUUCCACGCGGAGGCGAACCCGGCGUCGAGCAGCAAGAGGAACGCGACGAUCACCCCCGGUCAUUUGCGCCUGAGCGGCGUCCUGCCGUUGCCGGACGCGGAGGACCGCAGCGUCGCGGUCGACUGGUCCGUGCAGGACGGCGGGAUGCACCUCGUGAGCGCGCUGUCCGCCCCGAGCCUCGGGAGCGCCGGGCCCGUGGAGUGGCAAGCCGGCGGCGCGGACAUCACGCUCGCGGUCAGAGGGACGCUCGCGGACCCGGUGUACGACGGCGCCGCGGUCAUCACGCGCGCGAAAAUCGUCUCCCCGCUUCUGCAGCGGCCGCUGUAUCCGGUCAGCGCGAACGUGCGGAUUCAGCGGAACACGCUGUACGCGGACCACUUCGACGCGAAGUGCGGUCCGAGAGGAUCGAUCAAGAUCCGCGGCGCGGUCCCGGUGCUGCAACCGCGACGCGGCGCGAGCGGGGAGACGUGGGAAGGGUUGGUCGCGCGCGCGGACGUGCAAGGAGGCAUCCGCGCGGAGGCGUCCGGGGUCGAAGUCCGCGCGCGCGCGGUGUACAGCGGUCGCUUGGACGCGGAUCUCGUCGUCAAGGGGACGCUUCUCGAGCCCGAGAUCGGCGGCUCGCUUCGUUUGUCCAAGGGCACGGCGUUCAUUCAACCGAACGCGGCCCCGAGCGGCGGCGUCAGCGCGGCCAGCCGCCCCGGCUCAACGAGCACCGGCGGAUUUUUCGGAAGAGAAGCGCGAAGAAGCCUCGCGGGUUUCUUACAGCGCGCGUCGCCGCCCGGGACGCCCGCGAAGGGCGGUAAGACGGCGGACAAGGACGCGAGCGCACUCGAGCAGCUCCCGCUGCGUUUCCGCGGCUUGCGACUCAUCGUCGGCCCGGAACUCAGCGCGGUGUACCCCUUCGUCUUAAACUUUGGCGUCGGCGGCGAGGUUGAGGUGAACGGCGCCGCGGAUCCGGUGCUGAUUCGCCCGAGCGGCGCGAUCAACUUCGAGAGAGGCGACAUCAAUCUCGUCGCGACGCAGGUCCGUCUGUCCAGGGAGCACCCGAACCGCGCGGUUUUCGUCCCCGAGCACGGUUUAGACCCGACGCUCGACGUCUCUCUCGUGGGCGCGGACAUUCGCGCGCUCGUGCAAGGCAAGGCGUCGAACUGGACCGAGAAUUUGGUCAUCACGAGCGGCAGCGGGCGAGCCGGGGCGAAGGCCGCGGCCGUCGCGGCGAGGAUUUUCGAAGGGCAACUCACGGAGAGCCUCCUGGAACAGGACGGCCAGCUCGCGUUCUCGAACCUCGCGGCGAGCACGGUCGCGACGCUCAUGCCGAAGAUCGAGACCGGGGGACAGCUCGGGAAGGCGCGAUGGAGGGUCACGACCGCGCCGUCGAUCCCGGGUUUGUUGUCGCUGGACCCGAGCACGGAUCCCUUCCGGAAUAUCUCGCAGUUUUCCUUGGGGUCGGACUGGGAGCUCAUGUUAGGCGACUCUCUGCAGGCGACGAUGUCGAGGAAGCUCAAGGAGAGCGAGAUGCAGACGACGUUCGCGCUCGUGUACAAGCUCACGGACAAGCUGAACAUGCAGCUGAACAGCGAGUCGUCCACGGCGACGCGCCUGCUCUUCGAGUUUACGACGAACGCUCGCGGAAAGUAAACCUUUUGUUGUUUGCCUCGUAGAAAUUGUUAGAAAGACACAAACCGUGCACGUCA